CGAGAAAACAAUGUAUACAUGACUAACGUCUCAAGCUGUUAGGCGAAGUUUAUAUUUUGUCACGAUUUCGGAUUAACGUUCUUAAGAUAGUUAUUAUUGAAUCAGCCUUAUUUUAUGCGUUAUUAUAUUGCACAUAGUUGCGAUUUAUUUCAUUGUUUGAAAUCAAGGUUUUAUUUGAUGAAAUGUUGAAUUACAGUAUGGAAUGAACAGGUGAACAAUUUUAGUAAAAUUGAUAAUCAUAUAGGCCGAUAGGUGUGGCAGGUGCAACAACAUAAAAUUUUAAUACACAACAACAAGUUGUGUACACAGAUACAAGCCAUGAAGACACUACUGUUUGGAGCUAUUUUAAUUAUACAGUUGUAUAGCCUGUAUGGAGCCAAUCUUACAUACAGCGUUACAGAAUACACCAUCAAUUUAUCAUGGUCGGAACCGGAUCUCAAUUCAACCUACAAGGUCAUAUAUGGGGUUGCCAAGGAGAGCAAUGUUACCAUGGAGACAGUACAGCUCCCUAGCAACAAUGAUACGCUGGUGCAGCAUACAAUAUAUGGGCUAUACCCUGGCCAAACAUACAGCGUUAAGAUUGAAAAAGAUGGCACCAACGUCUUCAGAUAUAAUAUAACAACCAAACCACUACCUGUGAAAUCAGUACAAGUUACCACCGCUACCUCAACAAUGGCAACAUUUAUUUGGUUACCUAGCAACACAAGUAUCCAAGACUCCUAUCAGUUGGUUCUAUCUGGUAACCAAGGUAAUCCGGUCCAUAGCAACGAGCCAACAGCCCUGGUAACGGGAUUGAAUCCAGGCACCAGCUACACUGUGGUUGUGCAAGCAAUUAGCGGUGGAAAAGUGAGCAAUGCGUCGGCAUCAUUCACCAUGAAUACAGCCCCUUCUGCUCCAAAGGAAGUGAAAGUGGUUGCCCUUGAUACCCAGAAACUGAAUAUUUCCUGGAAACCCGAUGAACAGUCAAAUCAGGAUGGUUAUGUUGUCACCUAUACCUACAACUCCACCAGUGUGAACAAUGAGGUCACAGUAAAUGUAACCUGUCCGACCUUGGUUGACCUCUACUGUGUGGUCACAGUUCAUGACAUACCGGGUCAAUCAUACCUUGUUCAGGUAUACAGCAGGCUAGGAAGCACCAUAAGUCUCCCACUGGCUACAACGCACUCAACAAAACCUAUGUCUGUGGUGUCCUUGAAUGAAGUGGACACCAAUGUUACAGCGAUACGUCUGGAGUGGUCUAUAGACAACAACACAAUCUUUCAGCAAUUUGACGUGGAAGUGGCAAGCCAGAACGGAGUUCUUAACACAACCGUUGGUCCUAAUCAGUCGUCCCUGUAUCUUACGGGUCUGAACUCUGGGACUUUGUACAAUGUGUCAGUCUACACAUCAACAGGCUUUGAACGAAGCGUUCCACUGACUAAGAAUUUUUACACAUAUCCGUAUCCCGUGGCAACCCUGACCAGCAACCUGCCUGCAGAUGUGACCAACUCAACCCUGACUGUACGAUGGAGUGUCCAAGUCAAUGCCGGUCUAGAUAACUUCUCUGUCAGCCUCAAGUCUGGGCAAGGGAGCAGUGACAAUGUGGCCCAGUCAGUUACAUUGGACAAAAAUAAUCUGAGUCAUAUCUUCACUAACCUGACAGCUGGCGCCUCCUACUUGGUUACUAUAGUAACACAGUUUAAGGAAAAGACAAGUGAGCCUGUGAUAAAGACGUUCAGGACAGUUCCCAACAAACCAAUUGCUGUAAAUGUUGUUGCCAAUGCAACAGAAGCAAAGGUCACAUGGCAAGCACCAGUGGGUCACGUUGACCUCUAUCAGCUGACCUUGACCUCUGAUGGAACCACUGAGCCGAAAAUUGUUACACAGACUGGUUUAAGUUUCACAUUAAUGGGACUGGUGUCUGGAACACAUUACACAUUGAAAGUUAUGUCACAGUCUGGUGGAAUAUUCAGUGAAGCAGUGAACACAAAUUUUACUACAAACCCUACAGCAGUGGAGAUUCUACGAGUGACAGAGGUGUUCAGCCAUUCCGUGUCAGUGACCUGGUUGCCCCCAGCCAAUACCAACUACACAGGCUACCAGCUGACCAUCGAGCCUUCUGACGUCACGUCACCUGUGGUGGUGAACAAGACGCAGCUCUCUCACCAGUUUACGGGCCUGAGUCCUGGAUGUCUGUAUGUGGUUGCCGUGGUUACUGUGAUGGAAGAACAUGUCAGUGAAAGAUUUGCAAUGAAAGUUGUCACAUCUCCCUUGCCAGUCCAGGACCUUGAAGCAGAAGCCUUUCAGACUGGUUUGCAUGUUACCUGGCAACUACAGAAUGUGACAACCAGUCAGUCGGGAUUUGUGGUUUCCUACAAAGACUCCCCGAUGGGCGUGCUGUCGUACCUCCCGCCCAUUUUCUCCCUCCCUGACCAGAUGACCUACUCCAUUGACAUCCUUGACCUGUCACGAGGGUCAACGUACAUUGUCAAUGUCCAGGCAUGGCAGAACGUGUCAGGGGUCACGGCAGGGUCAGCUGUGGAGACGGUGAAUGCAACCACCAAGCCACUCCCAGUUCAGAAUCUGAGCGGAGUUCUUGUCGGUGAAGACGGGGUUGCACUGACCUGGAGCCACGCGCCAGGCAGUGCCUGGAAGUACUACCUCGUGAAACAUCGGCCCAGUCUGCGCGAGAGCAAUGCAUUGUGGGUGGUGAACACGACUUUCACUCCAGGAAUCACCCUGACUAGUCUGUUUCCUGGAGAGCAGUAUGAAAUAGAGGUUUAUGCCGUCAGCGGAGAUGUGAACAGUGACGAGAGGACGUUGACGAAAGUUGUUGCACCCUUGCCUCCUCCAAGUGUGUCCACACUGACUAAUCAGACAACAGCAUCCUCUGUGAAACUACAGUGGUAUUACAACACGAGCGCCACCUAUGUGGAGCGGUGGGAGAUCAGUUACAGUGACUUCAAAGAUUAUCUGCAGGUUCCCACUUCAGGCUCAGUUAUUGAGGCUGUUGUCAUGGGGCUGGUACCAGGCUUCAAGUAUAGCAUAUCUAUCAGGAGUGAAGUUAAAGGUGUCUUUUCAUCUCCUGUCUCAGCAUAUGCAGUAACUAAGCCCAUUAAUAAUGUGAGCAGCAAAUUUGUGAAGCAACCUACAAACACUUCCUUCAUAAUAGACUACAGCUUCGGGGAAAGCGACAUAUUCGAUGAAAUAGUGUUCACUUUGACCAGCCCAAACCUUGUGAUCAGGCGUAGUAAAUCUGACACCCCCAACCAGGUGGAGUUCUCUUCCCUGAUGCCUGGGAAACUCUUCACUGUGGAGGUGCAUACAGUCAGUGGAGAAGAGGAGAGUGAGACAAAAACUGUCAAGGCUCAGACACUGCCAAACAAGGCUGCAGUAAGUGCCACUGAAACCGCAACAACGAUUUCACUGGAAAUACAACAUCCCACCGGCAGUGUAGACAAAUACACUGUGACCUGUGUGGCAGGAGGUCAACAGGUCAAAGUCGUUGUAGUGGAGAACAUCACAAAUCCUGUCAAGGUCACAGUGAGUGAUUGCACGCCCAACACUGUGUAUCAGUGCAGUGUAGCCACACACUUCGGGGCUUAUACUGUGGAGACAUUAGCAAAAGUGUCAACAUUUGAGGCUGCCCCCUCAUUAGUUCGCAAUGUGGUUGCGGUAGAGACGGCCCCCACCCAGGUGACUUUGACCUGGCAGUUACCACAGCAACAGAAUGGGGUCAUCUCUGCGUACAUGAUCACAUAUGUGGCGAGAAAAGAUAAUGAGGAAUCACAGGAUCAGUUGAAUGUGUCUGCUGCAGAAACUACGAAGGUGUUCAACAACCUGAGAGCAGGCUACCAGUACACAUUCAAGGUUCAAGCCAUUACCAUAGCAGCGGGUCCUGCAGGCACGGCAGUCAUUGAGUUGAAAACAUACAAACCAUCGUACAAGGAUGGCAUUGACGAGAUUUCCACCAAACCUAGGUCAGUGUCAUCGAGCGUGGCAGUACCAAACCCUCACAAGAUCACGGUGAACUUCUCAAACGUUUUCUCCGACAAGUAUGGGGAGAUUGUGGCGUACACAGUGAUUGUCAGCACGACCGACAGUCUCGGAGAGAUGAGUGAGCUGGCAGUCUUGCCCGGCUGGAAAGAGGCGCGCGAGAAAAAUGCAAAGGCUUAUCAGAUCAUAGCCAAUUGUUCCAACUUCUUUGAGCCUGGGUCAAAUUGCAACGGCCAGCUGGAAAUUAGACAAAAGAGGGCCAUAACACAAGCAGCGUACAAGAUAUUUGACAUUGGCUCCGAGACCAGCUGCGAGAACCGAGUGUUUUGUAACGGCCCCUUGAAACCGGACACAACCUACUAUGUGUCACUGAGGGCUUAUACCACCAUGCAGUUCAGGGAUACUUUAUUCUCCGAGGCUGUAAAGACAGCUGCCAUACCAGUAAAAGAGGGCUCCAGCAACGUGGGUGCAAUAGUGGGGGGCAUCAUCGCAGCUAUCAUCGUCAUAGCAAUCAUUAUUCUGGUGGUGCUGUUGCUAAGGAGACGAAGCCAGAUGAAGAGCAACAUGCAGCGCCACCGCAUGGGGGAACCCCUCUCUAAUAGGAUCUCCCUCACCAACAGGAAGUCAUGCUGCCCAGUCUAUGUGGCGGACUUCAAGGAGCACAUCGCCUACAUGAAGGCAGAUUCAGACUUCAAGUAUGCGGAACAGUUUGAGGACCUGAAGGAGAUUGGACGAGGGCAACCAGUGACCGCUGCCGAACUUCCGUGUAACCGUGGGAAAAACCGCUUCACAAACAUCCUCCCAUACGACCACUCCCGGGUAAAACUACUCCCCAUUGAUGACGAGGAAGGUUCAGAUUACAUCAACGCUAACUAUAUCCCAGGCUACUCGUCAAAGCGUGAGUAUAUUGUCAGUCAGGGCCCACUACCGGCCACGCGGGAGGACUUUUGGAGGAUGAUGUGGGAGCAGAACGUUCGCAACAUUGUCAUGCUCACCAAGUGUAUGGAGAAAGGACGGGAACGAUGUGACCGUUAUUGGCCGUCAGGGUCUGAAGCCGUGUUUUAUGGUGACCUCCAGGUGGCAGUGCUGAAUGAAACCCUCUUUCCAGAUUGGACUAUAACGGAGUUCAGAGUCUCACUAGGGGAGCAAUCCCGGCAGGUGCGUCAUUUUCACUUCACGACAUGGCCCGACUUUGGAGUCCCCAAGAAGGAGCAGGUGCUUGUAAGAUUUGUGAGAAUGGUGCGGGAGAAACUGUUCAAGGACGCUGGGCCCAUUGUCGUUCACUGCAGCGCUGGAGUAGGUAGGUCAGGUACCUACGUGGCUCUGGACAGGCUUCUGCAGGAAAUCAAGACCUGUGAGACAAUUGACAUCUUUGACACCAUCGCACAGUUGAGGAGGGACCGCGUAUGGAUGGUGCAGACAGAGCAACAAUACAUCUGCAUCCAUAACUGCCUAUUGUGCGUAUUAGAGGGGCGGGAAGAUGAACAUAUCUAUGACAACGUGGGACACUCCAACAUCGCUUUUGAAGACCGAAAAAUGUACUUUCACUAUAAUACAUUCAUCAAUGACACAUUCCUCAAUGAUGAGGGUGUGGAUCUGAACUGACUAGCACCACCGCAAACAAGAACAUUGGGUUUGAGCUUUCACCCUGCUGAAAAUGCAACCUCUGCAUAACCAUAGGUGGAUGUGGUGUAGCCUUUAUUUUUUGGUUGUAGCCUUAAAGUGGUAGACAUGUUGUCUUAUGUGGGUUACAUAUAGCCUUAUAAAGAUGGGAUGUAGCCUUAUUUGUGGAUUGUAUUUAGCCUUAUUGGGUGGGAUUCAACCUGUUUUGUGGGGAAUGAAAAAUCUCGCCCAAGGUCUAUCAUCUGCUUGUAGAGAUGAAGAUGGGAUUGUCAUAUAUAGUACAUAUAUAGCAACGAAACCUCAAUUUGAACAAUUUUGAUGCAGAUGUACAUAAUCUGUUUUAAGUGUCGAUUUUGUUACUUUUUUCAUUAACCAUGAGAGAAAAAUAUUUAUUUGAAAUCUUUGUUUGAAAUAAAAUGUUAUGUAUUUGAUAUAUGAUGAACAAUCAUGCUAUGAUGAAUACAUGGAAACCUGUCUAAACUGGUCAAUGCAGGGACCAGGCUGGUUGUUUAAUUAUCUUGUGUUGUAUAAUUAUUUUACUGUUGUUUUUUGUACAGUAUUAAUUUGCUAAACAGGUUGCAUUUCGAAUUAUUUUGACACAGGGAAAUCGAUCCUGUGUGCCUCGUUGUAUUCCAAUUUAAUGCUAAGUGUGACCAGUUUUCAUGAACUUGGUACAGGCAGAAAUACUUGUAUUUACUUUUAUUUGUUCAAUAACCUAGAUUUUGUAUUAUAUUGAUGCUUGUGUUCAAAUCAAAGUUAUUUGUAGUUGUUAAUUUCCAUGCCUUCAUUAUUUUUAUUAUAUUGUGUAAAGCUUCCGAUAUAUGAUUUGGGCCGUGCUCUGUGAACAGGGGGUUUAAUGCACGUGCGUAAAGUGGCAUCUCAGAUUAUCCUGUGCAGUCCGAGGGUCAACACUUUCUGCUUUUAUUGUAUUUUUUGUUUAAUGGAAGACUCUUCUUGACAAAAAUCCAGUUUAUGCAGAAAGCAUUAUCCCUGAUUAGCCUGUGCGAACUGCAUGAUAUAUUUUGAUUCAAUAAGACCUGCCAGCAUAUAUCUAGUCUUAUUGUUUUACAGUUUCGUGAUAAAUUUGUACCUUUGAUAUUAAGAAGAAAGGUAUUUCAAGUAUACAAUACAAGGUUGUCAAUGUAUUAUACAUUGUUUAUUGAUAUUAUAUGUAGAAUUUCCAAUUAUUUUACAUUGUAUAUGUUUUAAAAUUUUGCACUGAUAUUAUUACUGAUACUAGACAGCGAUAGUUGGUUGUUGUUAAAAAAAGAAACUAUGCAUUUUGUAUUAUAAUGGAUGUGAUAUGUUAUGUGUAUACUUAACAUAUGUAUAAUAUUGACUGCAGCCUUGACAGUUCUUACAUAUUGCUGAACAAAUAGUAGUGUGCCUUAAGUAUAUGGAUUUUUUUAUAUAAUAUGAAAUUACAGAUUUUAUUUUAUUAAAAUAUUGUUGUACUUUAAGAUAAUAUAAAACAGUCUAUAAUGUUUUAUUUUUGUGCUAAUGGUUAAAACGGUUUUGCUGAGUUCUUUGUGAGAAAUAUAUCAUUGUUGAUGUUAAAUAGAUAUUUUUAUACUGUUGAUUUCAUAGUGCUAGCUUAUGUAUAAUAAACGAUAAACAAGCCUUUGAAAAAGAACUAUUUUUUCACAAAAUGUUUUUUGUAUUUUAUUUUCAAUUGUAUGUUUGCAAACUUUGUGUUGGUAAAGCUAUGUUUUAGACAAAUAUUGCCAGGCCUUUUACAGUUGUUUGAUGACAAGCAAGGUAUGUUGAGUACAAUAACAAAUUAAUGAAUCUUCUUACCUAAAUGUAUGUGUUUAAGUUUAAGGCAUUCUAAAUUUACUUUUUUCUUUGCUUUGUUUUCGUUUUUUUUUUAAGUUCAUGGCUUAACAAUCUUAAAUACAAUACAUACAGUUUGUUCAGUGUUAGUGAGCAUUAAGAGUUUUAAAGUCAUUACAAAAUUGCUUAUCAGUUUACAUGCUAUAUAUACCUUGAUUUGAAACUUGUGUUUACUUUAGUAUUACUUGUAUUUGGCUUAUACAUCUUUUUAAAUACAUGCUUGUGACAUUGUACUACAAAGUGGGCAUUAUUGUUUAGAAGUUUAGUCUAGUCCCUGGGUAUCAACCAAGCAUGAAUCUCAGAUAUUUACUAAUAAUAUUUGCAGGUUUAAUUUAAUCCAUGUGUUCUGCAUUUAGAAAAUGCAUUAGAAACUGGUAUUUUUUCUUCAGUUAUUUAGUUGAACGUUUACAUUGAGUUUUACAUUGUGUAUUUACUAACAAUUAUGGGUUUUCUGUUUAUUGUUAGCUAUACAGAAAUUAUACAAAUAAGCCUCAGUCUUGAAAAAAUGGGUUUAAAUGCAUGUGCUUAAAGUGUUGUCCCAGUUGAGCCUGUGCAGUUUGCACAGGCUUAGCAGAGACAACAAUUCCCGCUUGUAUGGAAUGUCUCCACAUUUGCGCACAUGCUUUUAAGACCCGUUUUCCCAGAGCAGGUCUCAAUUAUUUUAUUCUAUUAAUGGCACAAAAGACCUAAAAUAUGUGUGCAAGUUCUUGUAAGCAUGAACAUGUUGUAUCUCAUACACAAAUGUUAAGCAGGUACGACGGUUCACAACUUACCUCGGUUCACACCUUACUUCGACUUGUGUUCAAGGUACCAUGCAUACUUUUGCUGCUGCCACACUUUCCAUUUUUGAAAAGUAAAACAUUGUUGAAUUGUUCUCUUCAUCAUGUGAGCCUCCCUGUGGGAAAAGCAGGCUUAACGCAUGUGUGUAAAAGUGUCAUCCCAUAUUAGCCUGUGAAGUCUGCACAGGCUUAUCAGGGAUGACGCUUUCUGUUUUUAUGGUAUUUUUUUGUCCAAAGGAAGUCUCCACUUAACAAAAUCUAUAUUAGGCGGAGAAUGUGGUCACUGAUAAGCCUUAGCAAACUACGUAGCCUAAUCUUUUAUUACACUUUACGUAGAUGCUUUAAGCCCAUUUUUCCCACAGCACAGCUUGCAUUAAGAAUGUUUACUGAAAUAUUGCUACUGAUGAGGCGAUUAUACUGUCCAAAUGAAAUGAGGACAAAUAAGUUUUAAAUUAGUUAACAAAAAUAGUGAAUCUAUGGUAAUUAUUAUGUUAAUUUGUUUGUGUAAUCAAAUUAUUAAUUAUAAUGAAUACUUAGUAUAUUUGAAAAAGGACUGUUUUUACAAUGUUGUAAAUAUUUGUAUAUACAUGUACAUUCAUAGAUUAGGUUAUUAUCUAUCUGAUUAAUAUUAUUAGAAGGUAUUCUACUUCUUGCAUAUAUUAUUGUGUAUAAUAUUCAUAUAAGGCAACAGAAUGCAACCUUAAAAUCAUACAUUUGACAACGAAAUUUGAGAACUGUUUUGUAUAUGAUAUUGUAGGUCUAAUGGAACUUGAAGACUACAUACAUUCCAAUACAUUGUGUACUCGAGUAAAACCAUAUCCUAAAACUGUUUUGUCAUUGUUUUCAUUGUUUUAUGAACAAUCCGGAAAGUCUGUUAUGUAUUAAACUAUAUAUUGAAUGCA